CAUCUGUGGAUGUGCUGUUGUGCUCUGUUUCAUCAUGUUUCUGCUCCAGGGGGGAGAAUUGUUUAAUUUUUGCUGGCACGCUAUUUUGGAUAUUUGUCCAGUAACCUUGAAAGCAUUCUUACACCUUGAAAGGCCCUCUUUUUCAUCCCACAGCAGUUUUAGUUCUUUUAUAACUUGUAGGGAGUGAUUUGUAUUCAAGUAUCCCCACAUCUGUAAAAACUUUCUUCUGGUUUAAUUCCACCUAUCAUUCUGGAUGGCAUUGUUUUUGCCUCAUUUUUUUUUUCCUGGUAGCUGCAGUGUAAAUUUAGUGAAUUCUCAGUUUGGAAACUGUAAUAUAGACCUGUAUGGCCAAUAUUUCAGUGACUUGUGGCAUCUUGUCACUUAAGUCACAAGGUAGUAGGACAGAAUGGUAGCCAUGACUCCCGAAACAUGAUGUUAACCAGAAGUAUUGUGAAGUUGUUCAAAACAGAAAAAGUACUAGGCCCGGGGUCGGGGAAGGAAUAGAAUUAUUUAGUCAUCUACUUUCUUUUAGGUUAUGACUGCUUGGGUGCCUAAGAGCAUUCACUGGGAGACUCAGUUAGGGUGGAAGAAACAGUUUUGUGAUGGUCGUUUUACGUUAAACGUGAAAACCAUCACGUUAAAGUUGAGUAGCCACAUGGCGAUACCUCAUGGGACACAGAUCACUGCUUCAAAGCAGAAAAGCUGUUCACGUUUGAAGGCCUCUCCUGAUGCUAAUAAAAACGUAUAUGACAUUUGUAGGGUGUUGUGGAGAGUUUUCUUUCUGCUGUGGUGCUGUACCACCUUUUAGGAUGAUUAAUGGUCCAGCCUCCCCUCAUCCCUGGAGUCCUUACAGAUUCUGCCUUCCUUGCCAGAGGUUAUGCAGUUCCUGGUUGUUUUUAUAGUCAUCCGUUCAAUAACUAUACUUAUUACUGAGUGUGGGUUUGUGUCUGGCAUUGUUCUAGACCCUGGGGCUAGAGAAGUGAACAAAAUAGAUAAAAACCGUGUGCUGGCUGACAUGCUAGACACGACACCCACGGUGUGGCUCGUGGGCGGGUGACGUGGGUCAAACAGGAGGGGUUUGGAGUCGCCAGGAUGGCCCAGAAAGGUCUCACCACAGAGGUAACUUUUGACCAGGACUCAGAAGCAGUGCUGGGGGAGGGCAGGCAUCCUGCUCCGGGAGCAUCCAGUGGCCAGUGAGGCCAGGGUACAGUGGGUGGGGGUGAGAGAGCUGAAGACGGAGCAGUGAUGCGGCCCAGGUGAGGCCUUGUUGGAUCGUGGUGAGGGCGUCCGAGCGGGCAGAAGAUACUUCGGAGACUUUGAGAGGAGGAGUAACGCGACUUGCUCGGGCUGCCCUCCUGCAGAUGGGCAGCAGCGAGGCCAGGAGACCAGUUAGGAGGCUGUUGCAGUACGCCGCGCGCGAACCCUUGGAGGCCUCGGUCAGCGUGGGGAGAGGGCGUUGACCUCUGGCUGCCUCUGCAGGUUGAGACAGUGGGACUGUACCAGUGGGACGUGGCGAGGGCAGAGUGGAGAGGGAGGGGCUGGAGAUGGUGAGGUUAUGGCUUGAGCUGAGACACUCAGGUGGGGAGACGUGGGGAGAUCCCGCUUGGUGGGGAGCUGUUAGGAGUUUGGUCUUGUACAUGGUGACCAUGAGGUACCUGCAAGAUGUCCAUGUUGUGACGUCCAGAGAGCCUUGGGUCUGCAGGCCUGGAGCUGAGGGAGGAGGGCGGGGCUGGAGGUAGAACUGUGCGGGGGGCCACUUUGGACGAGGUCACUGAGGGUCUGAGUGUGGGAGGAGAGAGACAGAGCUGGGGAUGGGGCCCUGGGGCUGCUGUGUAGAGGUCUGAAUGUGGCAGGCAGGCCCCAAGCACUGUUCAUUCAAACACGCCCGAGGGGCUUCCCCGGUGGUGCAGUGGUUGGGAAUCCGCCUGCCAACGCAGGGGACACAGGUUUGAGCCCUGGUCCAGGAAGAUCCCACAUGCUGCGGAGCAACGAAGCCUGUGCGCCACAACUACUGAGCCUGCACGCCUAGAGCCCGUGCUCCGCAACAAGAGAUGCGACCGCAAUGAGAAGCCCGCGUACCACAACGAAGAGCAACCCCUGCUUGUCACAACUAGAGAAGGCCCGCGCGCAGCAACGAAGACCCAACGCAGCCAAAAAAAACCCGCUCCAGUUGGCACUUAAAUCAACACGCUGUCCGUUCCUUGAGGACAGAGCCGGUGUCUUGUGCUUCAUCUCUGGUACUUUACAUUGUGUCUGGUAUGUGGCUGGCCAUCGAAGAAGCAGAACUUGAAUUGGUGUUAACGCACACAUCCCUGUCCUGUAGAGGUUCCUGGGCUGCAGAGUCUGUGUGUAACGGAAAUGCAGUGUGUUGGCGUCAAGUGUGGCUGAUGAGGAGGGCAGCUCACUGCAGGGCAGCAGGGCUCGCUGUGGACGCUCUGUCCAGCGUGGCCACUGAAGCGGCGUGUGCAGUAUUCUCAUGCCGCUGAAGUUCCAGCUUUGCUUCCCUUCCAUUCUCCUUCCCUUCCUUCCUUUUUUCAUUCAGAACUGAACCACCAGCGUUUUCAUAUAAACUAUUUGGGAUUUGAAAAAACUAUUUGCAAACCUGUUAUCUUAAACAUAAGCAUUUUCUGAAGGAAAGGAAGAUUCCUUGUUCUAAUUUUAUUCAUAAAGCAUAUAUAAUAUAUGUAUUUACAGAGUAUAAUCUUUCAGAAGCAUAAGCAUUUUGAGGAAAUGUCUUUGAAAUGUGGUACAUUACACUUAGCUCUAAAGGAAAAGUAAUGGUGCAUGAUUUUUGUCGUUCUCCCUGGAUGAGUUAUGUAAUUGGGACUGUCAUGUGGUUACAUUUAUGGAGCACAGUUUGCUAUUUUCUAUCAUAUUAAUAACAUUAAAUUGAAACAUUUUAAAAAUGGAAUUGCCAUUCGGUUAAAAGGCUUUCCACUUCCUCUUCUGGGUGUGAUCAGGGACACCCUAGGGAGGAAGAGGUGGAAAAUCAGGCGUUUGGGACCCAGGUGACCAGGUGGGAAAGGUGUUUCUAAAAGGCUUCUUUCUCAAGGUGGAUGGUGCCUGUCUUGCUUCUGUGUGUCAUCUUAUUUCAAAUUAAAAUCAUGGGACUUCCCUGGUGGCACAGUGGUUAAGAAUCCGCCUGCCAGUGCAGGGGACACGGGUUCAAGCCCUGGUCCGGGAAGAUCCCACAUGCCGCAGAGCAACUAAGCCCAUGCGCCACAACUACUGAGCUACAACUACUGAGCCCGCGCGUCUAGAGCCCGUCCUCUGCAACAAGAGAAGCCACCGCAAUGAGAAGCCCGUGUACUGCAAUGAAGAGUAGCCCCAGCUCGCCGCAACUAGAGAAAGUCUGUGUGCAGCAACAAAGACCCAACGCGGCCCCAAAUUAAUUAAUUAAUAACAAAAAAAAUUUAAAAAAAGAUUUAAAAAAAUUAAAAUCAUUAUCUGGGCAUCUGGAGACUGGACUUCUUUGGGAAGUUGGGCUCCUUUUAACUCAGGAGGUGUGUGAACUUCAAAUGAAAUGAUGUCGGAUGUGAAGGUGCUGAGGUUAUCACAGGGCUGUGGUGUGAGACGAGGUAGCCCUCUGGGCGGAGUGCGGAGGCUGCUGGCCUCAAUCCCCAGUGGAGCUGGUCAGUCUGAGAACAGUCGAUGAGGAACCUUCGAGGGUGGGCUCCUCGUGUUGGUCGGCCUCUGUGAAGCUCAGUGAUCGCGAACUUUAGUUUUAAAAGGGAAAAGUAUUAGUUUUUCUGUUGGAGUCUUUUCUGGACUGGUGUUCUGUAAUGUUUUCUGUUCUGCACAAACAUGAAUACAUAUUUAUGGCUAAAUUAAUACCGAUGAUAAAAGUGUUGUUUGGUUCAGGGAAGGGGGAAUUUAGUUUCCUCUUGUAAGUAAUGAGGUCUGAGAUCACACGAGGAAGAGGCACAGGAGGUGCUCAGAGCCAUGGCUGGGGGUUGCCCACGGUGCUGGAACCCGUCCUGUGUUCUCAGCCCACUGGGCAGAGCUGGCAGCUUCUCCCCAUUUCGUGGGUGAGGAAACUGAGGCUUAGAGAUUUGAGUCGGGUGUCAUACAGCUAGCGUGUGGAUUCUCUGUCUCCAAAAUCAAAUCUUAAUACAAAUUAGGAAGUUGAACACUGGAGGUGAAUGGAAUUCGGAAAAGUCUUUCAUUUCUCCGUUACACAGGCUGAGCCGAAGGUCAGGGAGCUGGGGGUCCGGUCCAGGUGCCCCGGCCCGUGGCCUCGCGGGUGGGUGUCAGGAGGGAGGGUUGGUCCCGUCCUCUGCGCAGGCCCGCGGGGACUUUCUGACAGCGGCCCGGGAACGAGAAGCCCUCCGCUGGCCGCUCUUCUGGUUGAAGCCGCCGCAGGUCCGUCUCUGUGCUGCUUUCCGGGGUGGAAGCCUGAGGACAGUGAAGCAGCCCGGGAAGUGGCCGGCGGCCCUGCCCUUGCGAGCGGGCUCCGUUACCGGGUCCGGGUCUGGUAAAGUCACUCGGGCGGUGGAUGUCGUCCCGGGUGUUGCACCUCCCUGUGGUCGCGGGCCUUGGAGACGAGGUCUCCUACCCGCUUCAGCGAUGCCCCGCGUGCGCUGCCCAUCGCCACCCAGUGAGGAUCAGAGCUCUUCUUGUGUGUUGACGUGUUUCUUCCUCCCAUGAGCCUCGAGGAAAGCAGCACCACUCCUGCUUUACCAGCGAGGAAACAGGCGCGGAGGGUUCCCACGGGGGGAGCGACGGACUUCUGGCCCCGCGCGCUGACCGGAUGCUCUGCCCGGUGCCCCGUGUGGCCCGGAGAGGGGAGCAGGGCCUGCGGGGUGUCCGCGGCUGGUUCAAGAGGCAGGUGUGACCCGCACCCAACAGGGGGCAGGACUCGGGUGGUCCUGCCAUCAGGAGGAACAGGGAGGUGUGGGCCCAGGGGACGUGGGGACCACCUGCAUUGUCACCUCCCGGCUGCACCUGAGCUGCCGGGCCCUGCGGCUGCCACCUUGCCCAUUUUUUCCCUUCAGGUGCCUCACGCAGUGAGGACUCUAAAGGCUGAGACUGCACAGCCGUCAUUCUGUUAGUUACAGCAGGAAGCUCGGUGAUGUGUUCUAACUUAAUAGGUAGGACACCUGUUACUACCUUCCCUCUGAAGUUGGCUUUGUUGCCUAUAAAGUUGGCUCAUUACCCUGAGAGAUGUGCCUGCUUUGCAUGUGGUGUCUUUGGAGAUGAAAAAUCCCCUCCACUGCAGGGCGGCCGGCCGUCGUCACCUGGCUUUCAGAACGAACCUUGUUUCCUUCUCUUCCUUAUCUGCUUGUCUCCCUCGUGGUGGUAGUUUUCUCACUGUGGGAAGCUAGGUGUCUCAGGAGUGUCUCAACAGUCCUUUGAUGUGUGCCGCGUCCCUCUGUCGCUCAGAGCCUCCAGCGUUUAGAAGGCAUGUCUGCCUUCAGUUCAAGGCUGCAGUCUCCUGGGGUCUCGGUCCAGCAGGGUGAGAGGUGCAGUCCCACAGCGCUGUCAGUUGAAAUCAGGUCUUGUUUGCGUGCUUUUUUCUUGGAGUCAUCUUUGUGGGUUUUGAGCGUACGUAUCGUUUAAGCCUCGAGGUCAGAGAAGGCCGUGCUUUCUGAAGAUGUGGGGUGGCUUUCGAGGGGCAGCAGAGACACAUGAUGUUUUCAGCUCCUUGAAAAGGUAGAACUUUAACUCAUCUCAACUCGGUUUUUAUAAUCACCUGCAGAAACAAGUAAUCUUAUGUAAAAAAGGGGAGAGAGAAACUUGGACAUUAAAUUAUUUACCCCUGAUCCCAAAGCGGCCUGGCUGACAUCGUCUGGAGAGGUGUGGACAAGCAGACACAUCAGAGAGAAAAGAAUGUCUGGAAAGACAUGUUCCCUGCCUUGCACCCAGCCCUCUGGGCAGCAGAGCUUGCUCUGGAAGCACAGGACUCCUCUGACCCUGUAGGAUUUCAGCUACUCUGACCUACGACACUCUCCGAUUUGCUGAGUUUGAAGAUUUCCCCGAAACCUCGGAGCCUCUUUGGAUCCUGGGUAGAAAGUACAGCAUCUUCACAGAAAAGGACGAGAUCUUGGCCGAUGUGGCGUCGAGACUUUGGUUUACAUACAGGAAGAACUUCCCGGCCAUUGGGGGCACCGGCCCCACCUCGGACACGGGCUGGGGCUGCAUGCUGCGGUGUGGACAGAUGAUCUUUGCCCAAGCCCUGGUGUGCCGGCACCUGGGCCGAGACUGGAGGUGGACGCGGCGGACGAGGCAGCCGGACAGCUACUUCAGCGUCCUGCACGAGUUCCUGGACAGGAAGGACAGCUGCUACUCCAUCCACCAGAUAGACGGAGGUGCAGGUAGAGCCCUGAACUCGCUCGCCUGGGCCAUGUCCCCAGUCCUGCUGCCCGGUGCAGGUCGGUGGGGAGGGGACACCUUGAGGAGGAGUCUGUCCCUUUGGGAGGACGCGUCCUGGUGCCAGUCAGGAGCUCGUGCCCAAGCACAAAUGGGAGUCGGCGAGGGCAAGUCCAUCGGCCAGUGGUACGGGCCCAACACCGUCGCCCAGGUCCUCAAGAAGCUUGCCGUCUUCGACACGUGGAGCGCCCUGGCCGUUCACGUAGCGAUGGACAACACGGUGGUGAUGGAGGACAUCAGAAGGUUGUGCGGGAGCAGCCUGCCUUGUGCCGGGGCCGCAGCGCUUCCUGCAGGUUCCGAGCCGCGCUGUAACGGGCUCCCGGCCGGCCCUGAGGUCGCCAGCAGGCCGUCACCAUGGAGACCGCUGGUGCUGCUGGUCCCGCUGCGCCUGGGGCUCACGGACAUCAAUGCGGCCUACGCGGAGACCCUGAAGCACUGCUUCAUGAUGCCCCAGUCCCUGGGCGUGAUCGGAGGGAAGCCCAACAGUGCCCGCUACUUCAUCGGCUACGUGGGUGAGGAACUCAUCUACCUGGACCCUCACACCACGCAGCCAGCCCUGCAGGCCUCUGAGCACUGCCCGAUCCCGGACGAGAGCUUCCACUGCCAGCACCCGCCCAGCAGGAUGAGCAUCGCAGAGCUCGACCCGUCCAUCGCCGUGGGCUUUUUCUGUGGGACCGAGGACGACUUUAACGACUGGUGCCAGCAAGUGAAAAAGCUGUCCCUCCUUGGAGGCGCGCUGCCAAUGUUUGAGCUGGUGGAGCGGCAGCCUUCCCACUUGGCCUGUCCUGACGUCCUGAACUUGUCCUUAGAUGCUUCUGACGUAGAGCGACUGGAAAGAUUCUUUGACUCAGAAGAUGAAGACUUUGAAAUCUUGUCCCUUUGAGGAUCCUGCAGUUGGGGGACGGUCUCACUGGCCCUGCAGGGGCGCUCGGCCGCCGCAUCUCAUCCCGCCCGCCGCCGCCCGCCCGCCUGCCGCCCACAAAGAGGCCCGCGCCGCUGGAGACCCAAGCGCCAGACACGCACGAGGGGCUCUCCCGCCACACUGCCAGCCCUGCCCGGCCCCGCUUCCUCCUGGGCUCCAGGCCCGGGUUCGCUUUGGAAUUAAAGUCCUGUUUGAAGUUUCGUGACGGACAUGGCUUCUGUUGGGCGUGUCCUGAGCCAGGCUCCGAAGACGUGGCCUCCAGGGCCAUCGCGGCGGGAGAAGGGGCCGAGGAACCACGGCCCGGGCCUCCUCGCAUUGGGAGGAGAGGAGCAAGGGGUGGGGGCGGUGAGGCCCAAAGACAUCGCCGUGCAGGUGGCACCGGGACAGACGCGCCGCCAGAGCCUUAGGUGAGGCCGUGGGGCCCCCGAGCUGCUGCUUGCCUGUCGCUCCAGCAUCCCCGGGGCCUUCUUCCGCCUCCCGGUCAGCGAGGCUUCGGAUGGUUUGGGGCCGGAGGGUCAAACCUCAGCUUUGUGCCUCUGCCUCUCGCGCCCACUGGAGACCUUCUGGACGGACGCCAGCACCCGCCUCCUUCAUUCAACCUGUGUUCUGGGCCCCGGGCACCGCCGCACGCAGUGGCUUUUGUCCCACCAGGGAGCGCAGGCGGGGGUUUGGGAGCCCAGGAGGUGGCAGCCUUCUCCCCGGGGGCCUUCCUUGCGGAGCCCCCGCCAGCCCAGCGAGCGAGCAGAGGGCAUCCCGGCCCCCCAGGUGUUGCCGACGUGAGUGCUUCCCUCCAUCUCCCAUUCUCUCUCCCCUUCAUCCCCCCGUCAUCCCUCAGGUCGAGUUGGGUGGGAAGGUUUCCAUUCCUUCUGCUGCGCCGCUGCUGGCAGGGCCGGGGGUCUCGCUGCAGCUCCUGCUGGCGGCACAGACGGCGGAGGUGGGGGCCACCCUGAGCAGCGGGGGCUGUGUCUCGCGUGUGUCGGGAAAGGAUUACUGAGGAGCGCUCACUCUUAGCCGUACAGUGCGCGAUUCUUAAUGGCAAAUAAUAACAGUUUCAAUAGAAAACAA